AUGCUCACCUUAAGAAGAGUUUUGGUUCACUCUAACUUACCCAUUUCCCUCCGCCACUGGAACAGCUCCACAAAGUCCCCAUACCCUAAAACAUCACCGAGCCUGUUAAAGUCACCAACAGAGACUGAGCUGAGAAUAAAGGGGAUCAUGGAGAAAUUAGACCAGCUGAUCCCACCCAGACCCUUCACCCACGUGAGCUCCACCACCAGCGCCACACACAGCAAAGCCACCCUCCUCCGCCCUCAAGACACAUACUGCAGGGGGGAUCAGCUAGACGUCCUGCUGGAGGUGGGGGACCACUUGGGACGCAGGAAGGAAUAUGGUGGGGGUUCCCUGAGGGCCAGGAUGUCCUCCCCAGCCCUGAAGGCAGGCGCUUCGGGAAAGGUGACAGACUUCAACAAUGGCACCUACCUUGUCAGCUUCACCCUGUUCUGGGGGGGCCGGGUGUCUCUGUCUCUCCUGCUCAUCCUCCCCAGUGAAGGGGUGUCGGCUCUCCGGAGGGCAAGGAACCAAGGCUAUGACAGGGUGAUCUUCACAGGCCAGUUUGCCAGGGGCACCUCCCAUGUCAAUACUGAUUGCGCCCUGGUUUUAAAUUCAAGUGCUGAACUGUGUACCUGGAUACUCGUGACCAAGAAUUCUACUUUCUGACUUCAACACAUACUCUGUGAGGCCCUGACUGACAUGACCACCAGGAAUGGAGAAAUUUCUUAUCUUACUGUCAAGGAAGAAGCCUUUUUUCAAAGGUCCAGUGUAGGAGUUGAAAUGAUGAAACAUCUUAACCACAUUGAUGUCUCCUGA